AUGAAGGGGUUUCGGCAGCGAGUUCAUGAGCAGCUUUCUAGAGCCAAAGACUCAAACCGGUCGUCCAAGAAGAAGGAUUCGUCCGGAACGGCUUCCCCUUCUCAGGGCGGGUCGUCCAACUCCCCCGCGAACUCCGCCCACGCAACGCCGACCUCAUCCACCACCCAAUUGAUUGAUUCGCGUAAUAAGCCUCUCCCGGGCGGCGACGCUCCACCGGGAGCGACCAGUCAUUCUACACCAGCUCCCCCAACACAAGGGUUGCCGAAUUCGCUUAAUCCCGGACAAUCAUUCAGUGCACCGCAGCAGAGUGCGGCGGGUGUAGGGGGGUCGCCCGGAGGUGGAUCAGGUCCUGGGACGCCGCACCGUCCGAAUGUACCAAUAACCCCAAGCGUGAUCAUUAGCCCAAGUGCUCCGCAUAUCCCUCCCCCUGGAUCAGCGGAAACGAUGCCGACUGAUCUUGCUCCACCCAAGGCGGGCCAGAAGUCGUUGCUGUUCGACCGUCUACAGACCACACCAAAGGAUGUCCCGGAAGGGAUCCGGACUCCUAAACGACAGCACUCCUCUCGUUUCGAUGUGUCCGACCAACGACAGAGAGAGCUAGAAAAGCUCCCGGGGUUCCAUGAAGUCCCCCCCAACCGACGACAGGAGCUGUUCAUGCAGAAGAUCGACCAGUGCAACAUCAUAUUCGACUUCAACGACCCGAGCGCGGACAUGAAGUCGAAAGAGAUCAAGCGAUUGGCUCUUCAUGAGCUCCUGGACUAUGUUGCCAAUAACAGACAAGUGAUCACGGAGCCGAUGUAUCCUCGAGUCGUGGAGAUGUUCUCAAAGAACCUAUUUCGACCGAUUCCACCGCCAGUCAAUCCACAAGGGGAUGCGUUCGAUCCGGAGGAAGAUGAGCCGGUGCUUGAGGUUGCGUGGCCGCAUAUUCAAGUGGUUUAUGAGUUCUUCCUCCGAUUUAUCGAGAGCCAGGAUUUCAACACGAACAUUGCGAAGCAGUACAUUGAUCACAGCUUCGUUUUACAGCUCCUCGAACUGUUCGACUCGGAAGAUCCUAGAGAACGAGAUUUCCUCAAGACGACAUUACACAGAAUAUACGGCAAAUUCCUCAACCUCCGAUCGUAUAUACGGCGGUCCAUCAACAACGUCUUCUUCCAGUUCAUCUACGAAACUGAGCGGUUCAACGGGAUCGCGGAGUUGCUCGAGAUUUUGGGGUCGAUCAUCAACGGCUUUGCUCUCCCGCUGAAGGAAGAGCACAAACUGUUCUUGACGAGAGUCUUACUGCCGAUGCACAAAGUCAAGAGCUUGAGCAUGUAUCAUCCACAGCUGGCUUACUGCAUCGUGCAGUUCUUGGAGAAGGAUGCCGUGCUCACUGACGAGGUGGUUUUGGGGCUGCUGCGGUACUGGCCGAAGACCAAUAGCACGAAAGAGGUGAUGUAUCUCAAUGAAGUCGAAGACAUCUUUGAGGUUAUGGAUCCAGCGGAAUUUGUCAAGGUGCAAGAGCCGCUGUUCACACAGUUGGCCAAGUCCGUGGCCAGUCCUCACUUCCAGGUUGCCGAGCGGGCUCUUUACUUCUGGAACAACGAGUAUUUCUGCAACCUCGUCAGCGACAACAUCGAAGUUAUCCUUCCCAUCAUGUUCGCCCCUCUCUACGAGAACUCCAAGGGCCACUGGAACAGAACCAUCCACGGCAUGGUCUACAACGCCAUGAAGCUGUUCAUGGAAGUCAACCCCCAACUCUUCGACGACUGCUCGCACGAAUACGCCGAGCAACAACUCCACGCCGACGAGACGGAGAAAGCCCGCCAAUCGAAAUGGGACGCGCUGGCCGACCUCGCCAAGGCGCGGCAGAACGGGCGGGUGGAGGCCCGGCUGCUGCCGUCCACGACGUCACAAGGGGGCAAGGGUUCGUCGCGAGGAGCCGACGACGCCGAUCCGUUGAGCCAGGAUAGUCAGAAGCGCUUGGAGGCGCUGCGGUUGCAGGAUGAUGGGGUGAAUGGGCGGGAGCGGCGGGCGAAGGAGGGCUCGGUGCGUUGA